UAUCGUCUAUCGACUAAUGGACUCCAUUAAUCAUCGAGACAUUUUAUUGUCCGGCUGUGAAUGUACACAUACUAACUGCAGAUUAUACACUUAAAUUAAAAUAAAUAAUAAAGUUAAGUGCACUAGUGAUAAUUCUGCAAUUAAAAUUUAAGUAUAAACAAUAAAAUAAUAAUAUUAUUAAGUAAUUGUCGGUUUUAUUCGGCAACAGUCGGUGUGUGUCGGGGAGAGACGGAUAAAGUCGGUGGCGCGCGCGAGUCACUCGGGCGUCCGGGGGCCGCCAUUUUCCUCCAGUGAGGGAGAGAGUCGCGAGGCAUCAGUCGUUGGUGAAUCUAACGCGUUUUUUUCUCGCAUAUCGUUUACGUUUUAAGGUGUUUUAGGGUGUCGGGCGGAUGCACGACAGCCCAGAACCCAUAGCCGUUUGUUAUUUGAAAGACCGUUUAUCUAAUAAACAAACAUUUAUUAGAUUGCUAACAAAGUCUGGUGAGGUGUAUCCAGCAGCAAGGCGGCUAAUUUUACAAGAGUAAGACAGAGAUAGAAAACUAGUGGCGGCGGCUUUAUACGCCGGGAGGGAAGAACGCCGUGUGAGUGAAUAUUGUGAUAUUGUAAGUGACGCGGUGUUGGAAGAUAAUUCAAGAUUCCUGUGGACUCUAAAUCAACGGUCUAAUAAAUUCCCGACAGGAGUCGGUAAACAAAAAUUCGUGAUGUAUUGGAGAUUAGACGGUUCACCUUCGCAAAUAUACAAUACAUUGGUGCUGAAGAAACAAUCUGUGUGACAAAGCAUAUAAAUUAAUAAGUGUGGAAUUAAAUAAUUUGGGGGGCUGUUUGACCGAUGGACAAACGGAAGAUGUUGACGAAACGCCCUCGAAUGGAUACUAUGAGGGGCCCAAUUGCCAAUGGGCCCAUUCAAACUCGCCCGUUGGUUGCUCUACUUGACGGACGAGAUUGUUCCAUUGAGAUGCCUAUUUUAAAAGACGUUGCUACUGUCGCAUUUUGUGAUGCACAAUCCACAUCUGAGAUACACGAAAAGGUACUAAAUGAAGCUGUUGGAGCUCUGAUGUGGCACACAAUUAUUUUGACGAAAGAAGAUCUGGAAAAAUUUAAAACCUUAAGAAUAAUUGUGAGAAUUGGAUCCGGUGUUGACAACAUUGAUGUCAAAGCUGCUGGUGAAUUAGGAAUCGCGGUUUGUAAUGUACCCGGUUAUGGAGUCGAAGAAGUUGCCGAUACGACACUUUGUCUUAUUUUGAACCUCUAUCGACGCACGUACUGGCUGGCGAACAUGGUCCGAGAGGGAAAAAAAUUUACCGGUCCUGAGCAGGUGCGAGAAGCAGCACAAGGAUGCGCCAGGAUACGAGGAGAUACUCUCGGCAUUGUAGGCUUAGGGAGAAUUGGAUCAGCAGUCGCCUUGCGCGCCAAAGCCUUUGGAUUUAUCGUCAUGUUUUAUGACCCAUAUCUUCCAGAUGGUAUUGAAAAAUCGCUUGGUCUUACUAGAGUUUAUACACUACAAGAUUUGCUUUAUCAAUCGGAUUGUGUAUCUCUACACUGUACCUUGAAUGAACACAAUCAUCACUUAAUUAACGAAUUCACUAUCAAACAGAUGAGACCUGGGGCAUUUUUAGUAAACACAGCCCGAGGAGGUCUGGUUGAUGAUGAUGCGUUGGCGGCUGCACUGAAACAGGGAAGAAUUCGUGCGGCAGCCCUUGACGUUCAUGAAAACGAACCGUACAAUGUCUUUCAGGGUCAGUCCAAUACGCAAUGUCCGCUGAAGGAUGCCCCCAAUUUAUUAUGUACACCACAUGCGGCAUUUUACAGUGAUGCAAGCUGCUCGGAACUUCGUGAAAUGGCUGCGAGUGAGAUACGACGAGCUAUCGUUGGACGUAUUCCCGACUGCUUGAGAAACUGCGUGAAUAAGGAAUAUUUCCACUCUUCCACCGGCUACCCUGAGGCAAUCAACGGUGGAUACUAUGCGGGAACAUUACCAAUUCAACAGGCACAUUCGACGACGCCCCACGAUUCAGCACCUCCACCACCUGGAAGUCAUUCCGCCGUUGGCGUUGCUAGUAGUGCUGGUCCAAAUUCUUCGGCGGGAGGUGGCAAUGCCGGUCCUACCGGUCCCGCGGGCCCAACGGUAGGCGGUACCGGUGCCGGGGGUCCAGCAUCAGCCCCACCUACUGCUGGAUUACCUGGUCUACCACACAGCAUAGUGAGCGAGCCUGACCCCCGGCCAAGUCCACCUGCUCCGAGUCCUCGUUGACCUUGAACCCCCCAACUAUAUCAACAACUUUCAGCACCACCACCACCUCCAUCAUCCUCCGACCUAAUCUCCUCCCUUAACCAUCCAUAUGCAUCAUGAUCAUGAGUUAUAAGAAAUCACCCACAGUGCACCGGGACUGUCGACCGUGACCAACAUCACCCUCUAUCUGACACUCGACGAUCGACAGAACUAACAACAACAACAACAACUACAACAACAAAUGGAAAAAUUUAAUAUUUAAAUAAAUAUAAACAAAGUAAAUAAAUAAAUAAAACAAAAUGUUCAUGAGGUAAUAAAUUAUGACACUUUAAUUAAACUAAAACAAAAUAAAUAAAAAAAAAACGCCAACAUCAUUUACAAUUGACAGUGCAUUAUUGUGAAGAAAUGUAUUCCAAAAUCUGUCUACUGCUUCCGAGAUAUAAGUUUAAGGAAAGUAAGAACGAGAGCGGAGAUGAGAGAAUGAAAGAGUGGGAGAGUAAGAAUUAAAAUUAAAGAGAGCAAGAGAGAAUUUAAGUAUGACCUAAUAGUGUGUAAGGCAGUGGAAAUAAAAAUAAAAAAAAAAAUAAUAAAAUAAAUUUAAAAAAAAAAAAAAAAAAAAAACUGAUGUUAAGAAAUGAUUGAAUUUGUGUGCGAGGAUUUAAAAAAUAAGAGAGAGUGCGUUUGCUUUUGCGUUCGUCAAUCUCUGGCAGUAAUGUUGUGUAUUUUUUUUUUCUUCUAGUAAUUAAAUUGUGGAAAUUAAUUACGGCACAAAAUUAAAGCGAUUCCCUCUUGAUUCUGCGGCAUCGCCUAUCGACUUGUGUAAAUUGGCGUAUAAAAAUACACAUUGUCUAUAUAUAUAUAUAUUAAUUAUCAUUAAUUUUUUUUCUUUAAUUAAUAAUUAUAUUAUUAUUAUUAUUAUCAUAAUUUUAGUAAUAAAAAGCUUCCUCGCCGUUUUUAAUUUCAUAAAUCGAUAAUGUUGGUUCACCCAUAUCAAUAUUAAUUAAUUAUUUUUUAUUUUUUAUUGUAUAAUUAAUAUACGAUUAUCAUGCACUAACAUUUUGUUUUUAUUUUUUUUUUUCGGCCAUACUAUUCACUAGUGGGAGGAGGUGGGAUCGAUUCUAAUGGAAGUAAAUAAAAUAAAAUAAAAUAAUUAGAAAUGCUAAGCGAUAGUUCAUAAGAUAGUGAUGUGAAAAAAAAAAAAAGAAAUUAAGAGAAUUAAAAAAAUGAAUAAACAUGAUGGGAAUAUAUAAUAAUAUAAAAUUUGAAUGUUUGAAAGAAUCGUACAAUUAAAUAUUAAAACUUAUAUUAAUGUUAAUUCUAUAUAUAUAUAAAUAUAAAUAUAUAAAUAAUAUCAAUGAGCAAGUGAUUGCGUGAGUAAAAAAAAAAUAACUUUUUUUUCCCGCGUAUAAGUUGUAUUGAGACAUUUAAAAAAAAAUUAAUAUUUUUUAUUUUAAAUUGUUAUAUAUUCGCAACUGUGAUUAAUUAGUGAAUGUAAUUAAUUAUUACAAUUCACACAAUGUACAGUUGAAAUUCAUUUUAAGUAUUUGUAGUUAUCACAAUUGCGAAUGUAAAACUGUAUUAUUAUUAACUUUAACGUUUAUUAUUUAAAUAGAUCUCUUAUUUUUAUCGAUCCAAUCCUAUACUUCCUCCCAUGAUUUUUUCAUGCAUCAAUUAAUCUGUUAUAGGAAAGAAAAAUAA